UAAUGUCACCUCAAUAAGUGCACACUAGGAUCGCGUAAUUUGAGAAAGAGCAGCGCUGGAAGGAAUAACUCAUUUCAUAGCGGAGCUCCUUUGUUUUUCACACUUUUUCUACGCGUAAUUUCUGAGGUUAACUAGUGGAGAGGGGCGUAACCAUCCCUGCAAACCGAACGCUCAUAGAUAACUUUGUGAAUUAGCCUGGCCGUUUCCCAGAGCGGUAGUUUUUAGCAGGUGAAAGCUCCUGUUCUGUGCUCCUCGGUGGGUUUUCGUAGGUCGUGCGUUCCCAGAUGGUGCUGUUGUUGCGAGGCAGAAAAUCUGACCGGUGACUGAAUGGGACUUUCCAAGUCCUGAACGCUGGACUGGCCUGCCCCUAUCCUACACAGGAGGAAAAAAAAAAAACUUUUCAGAAAAGUGGCUUUCUGCUGUUUGCAAAGGUUUACGACUUGGGCUCCACUUGUUUAAAAAAGUGGCGAAACUUUAACCUGUCGUUGGCACGCACGCUAAUUACGCUUUCGUUAAUGCGUUACAAUAUUAAUGGCAACAAUGUUUUUUUUCAGGUGAGAAUGGCCCAGCACAGCUUUCUGCCCACAAUCCCAGAGCAGGAUGUGGUGAAGGUGGUUCUGACCCCAACCAGCUCGGGCUCCUGCCUGAAGGGCAGCUACAGCAGAACAGGGAGACAGGUGUGCAUCAAGGUGUUGUCUGUCCACAGACCUGCAGAGAGGGAGUGGAGUGAGCAAUUUCAGGAGAUUGAACAGGUGCGACGGAUCAGGUCAGACCGGGUUCUGGCUCCUUUGGGAGUAUACAAGACCCAUCACUUCCUGGGCCUGGUGUCGGAGUGGAUGAGUGGAGGGUCUCUCCACACCCUCCUUAAUGAGCGCCAGCGUUAUCCUGAAUUGACUGUACCUCUACUUCUCCGAAUCCUGCUGGAUGUUGCAGAGGGUCUGUCCCACCUGCACGGAAUACCUCUUUCUCACCAGGCCCUGAAGCCUAACAAUAUCCUGCUGGACGCUCAGUAUCGGGCAAAGGUCUGUGACUAUGGCUUGUUGCAGUGGAAAAAAUGGAACUUGAAGUCCGUGCGUGAUGACUGUAAUGGACAUUGGAUUAGGGACCUGGUGUAUUUGUCACCAGAAGUCCUUAGAGGGGAAACACCUGCCAUAGAGGGAGAUCUGUACAGCUUUGGCAUGGUCAUGUGGGAGACCCUCAACAGAAGACAGGCCUAUGAAGGUAUCGGCCAGCCGCGGGCGCUUCCACUGUCUGUGCAGAGUGGCAUGGGGCCUGGCAUCGGAGAGGAGGCGGUGGCUGCCGGGGUGCCCCAGUGCCGGGCCCUCUCCCAGCUCAUGGCCCUCUGCUGGAGCCGCGACCCUGCCUCUCGUCCCCGGGCAACAGACUGCCUGCUGGUGCUCCGUAGUGCCAUAGAGGCCUUCCACCCAGACUCGAUAGCCGGGGCUGUCCUCCAGCUGAACGAGAGCAAGGAGAGGGCGCUGUUGUAUGGGAAAGACCAGUCAUUUCAGGAGCUGCAGGUGGAGAUACACAAUCUGGAGACUUCCGGUUGCUGCGGUGACUCAAAACAUCCUGGCAAUAAGACUGUCCUGCUGGAAAAGGUGCAGACCCUGUCUUCUGCAUCGCAGAGGACAAGACCCCAAAACCAGUCAUCGCCCCCAUCAGCACAAGGCAGCCCUCCGACUGCCUGUCAUAGAGAGUGCUGGAUCCCAGCCUGCACCUCUUUGUUGAAGCCACCUUGUCAAAGUGCUCAAGCCUCCCUGCCUCAGGGCCCUUCCAGGAGAGGGGAGACCAGAUGCAGCCCCCCUCCUAAGAUGAACCCCCCACCCUUUCGCGCCCCCGUGCUGCCCAGAAAUCUCCCCCUGGAGCGGCCCAGACACUGCUCUGUGGACUCUCUCCCUGGGAAGAGCUGCUGCCAGAUCCUGCAGGACCGCCGAGAGUCCAUCGUGCGGGGGCUGACGGAGGGGGGGCUGAACAAAAUCCUGGACAUGCUGCGCUCCAGACAGCUGCUGACCCCGGAGGCCUAUGAGCUCGUCAGGGCCGCCCGGACCCUGGCAGACCGGACGCGCUCCCUGCUGGACACCUGCGUGUGUCUCGGGGAGCGCGCGGCCGAGCUGCUGGUGGUGGCGCUGGGUCUCGUGUCGGCCUCGGUCUCCCGCAGCCCCGCCCCUCUCUUCCAGUGACACGCCCACCCCCCUGGUUCUCCCAGAAGCCACCUGGCUCACAGUCAGGAUCUGAUCAUCACGGUGGAGCUGUGGGGACACCACGCUACUGGGCAUAUCUGGAUUUAGGACUGGUGGGCUAAAUCCACAUGGUUGAUCUCCUGCUAAAUCAGUUCAUAUUGGUACUGGAAUGGUUAAGGAUUCCACCUGAUGUGCAGUUUCAAAGACGAAAAACGACGCGUGUGUGUUUCAACAUGUUUGUUAGGACGUGAGGGGGGCCAUUCGACUUAUCUAUCCUGUUGGGUGAAGGGGACUGGAGGGUAGUGCCGACAGACGCAGCAGCAAUAUAUCCGGUGUGUGUGGACGCUGGUGCUGGCUUUGCCACUGAUCCGGAUCCUGAUAACCUAUUUGUAUUUCAUAACUGAAAUACUUCAUUUAUAAUGGAAACUCAUUAAGUAGUUUUUAUAAAACUUAGAUUGUAUAUUGUCUUGCAUGCAUGUUUUCACAAGACACCAUCUUCAAUAGUUCUCAGAUUAUACACUGUAGUGAUGUAUGAUAAAUACUGUAGUAAUGUUUUUUUUUUUUUUACUGUAGUUGAAGGGUGGCCUUAAGCUUUUUGUAGCAUAAGGUCUCAUCAGCAUGAUGUGAUUUCCAUUUGUGUAAAAAAAAAAAAAAGGUAGUGCAACAUUCACAAAGCUGUUUUCUCUUGUGCCAUUUUCGAAAAUGUACAAAAACCAAGAUAUUUAUCACAAUGGCUUUUAUUUAUUCAGUCAGCAACACAACAGUGGUGUUUGCAACUGUUCUGAGUUCUGCUUAACGUACUAGUAGUUUUUUGUAGAGGGUCUGAAAAUGUUAUCUGGCAGUGCUAAGUGUUAGUAUCUUGUAUCAAGAAUAUAGGUAGUGGUGCUGUUCUACUUCUUAACACUUGAAUUUAUUUAAAUGUAUGUAAGUGUGUGGCUCUGACUGCAGUCUCUUCCUUUUUGUAUAUAAAAAAGAUAAGUUUAGGAGCAUAUACAUAAAGACUGAAUUUCAUUUCA